AUGGCUACCCAUCAGUUCAAAGUUUACAAGGGAACUCCAUCGGGUGACAUUGUCGAGGCUGUGACGGAAAGAUCAGCUCUUACCGAUGAUCAGGUCCUGAUCGACGUCACCCAUUCUGGCGUCUGUGGAACAGAUGAGCAAUACGUUCAGUGCGGAUCGCUCUCGGCCAUGAAGGACGGCGACCGCGUAGGCUGGGGCUAUCCAUCUAGUGACUGCGGAACUUGUGACUCAUGCAUUAGUGGGUUCCCCAUCUACCGUGAGAACGAUCCGCCCAAAAUGUAUGGCUUCGACGGCAUAGAUUCUGGAAGCUUUGCAAGAGGCACGAUCAGAUCCGAAGCCUUUGUAUUCCCGAUCCUAGAUAGACUUCCGUCUAAUGCGGCAGCUCUACUCAUGUGUGGUGGCAUCACUAUCUGGGCCGCUUUGACACUCCACAGGAUGGUCAAGCCAAAUGACAUGGUAGGUGUCAUCGGUAUUGGUGGACUGUGGCAUCUUGCUAUUCAGUUUGCCAAGGCUAUAGGCUGUGAAGUUGUUGUCUUCAGAGCCUCGCACUUUGUCACGGCAAAGGGCAAGCCUGAGUGGAACGUCCUGCGGAAGAUCGACCAUCUGUUGAUCACUACGUCCCAAAAUGACGACUGGAAGCUGUUCAUGCCCUUCAUGGCUAAGGGCGGCUCGAACUUCCCUAUGGCACCGUUGGAUUCUGAGGCCACACUCGACAUCCCUACCUGGACAUUUUGA